AGAAGAAGAAGAAGCGGAAGCGGAGGAGGAAAACUCACAAAAUGGCGACGUUCUUCGGAGAAGUGCUGCCCGCGAGCUCCCGGGCCGCGUACGAAGACAGUGAAGAAGAAGAAGAAGAUGAAGAAGACAGAGACAUUCUCCGAGCGCUGGAGGACAAGAGGUUGGUUCGUGUGAACUGGUCGUCCUCGUUGGAGUUGAACCUGGACAGUGACAACAAACUCCACUGUCCACAUCUUCUACUGACAACAGGACACAACUCCUCCAGGUUUGUGUCGGUAUACUUCCUGUCCCGUGGGACCUGGGACACAGUGGGACGUGUGUCUCUGUGGAACGAGAGGACGGUGCAUUGUGAGGACUCUGUGUGUGUCCUACAACGACACAAGGACAGUCAGGUGCUGGUGUGUCAGGUGGACUGUUUUGUGGCAGAGGAUCAGCUCUUCCAGUGGACGGAGCAGGUGUUGGGCAGUCUGGUCGUGCCUCAGGUCACGGUUCUCUCGGACGCUCCGGUCACAGAUUACCGCUCGGCUCGUCCCCUGGGCCCUGAUCCCUGCUUGCGGGCGCUCCACACCUCCACCUUCUCCGAGUCGACCUGCUGCCCCCUGGUGGAGCCUCCCAACCUGCUGACCGGACUCCCCGCCGCAGUGUUGACCUGGUGUGAGCUUCGUGGUGUCGGGGCAGUUGUGUAUCAGUGCUUCAGUGACGUUCGCUCUGCAGAUUCCACCGUCAUGAGCAGCUUCAGACCUGCUGUCGCCCACCUGACACAGCACCUACAGGUCGACCUUUGCCCCGAUCAGGACGUCCUCCACAAGUUUGUCUCCCAGGCUCCUGUCCAGAGUAACUUGUACAUUUAACCUGAACCUGGACGUGUGACCUGGACGUGUGACCUGGACGUGUGACCUGGACGUGUGACCUGGUGACCUGGACGUGUGACCUGUGUGACGGGGACUUGUGCUUUUUGAAUAAAAUGAUUUCAAACUCU